GGAGAGAAGGUUCCAGAAGCCCAAAUCCCUCUGAAACUUCAGGCAGAGAAAGGGUCAUUGCUGUCGCAUUUUUCCAGGGAGGUCUUGCUCAUGGUUUACUUCUGAGAUCCAUUGUAUAUAAAGUUGCAGCGCCAUGAGGUUUGUCACCGUCAUUAUCCUCUGCUCUUUGUUCCUGGGAGUCAGUGGUGAUGGCUUGUUUUCAUUCUUCAAGGAAGCCAUACAAGGGACUUGGGACUUGUGCAGAGCCUAUCGGGACAACCUAAGAGCUAACCACCAAAACUCAGACCAAUACUUCUAUGCUCGUGGGAACUUCGAGGCCCAACAAAGGGGGUCUGGGGGCGUCUGGGCUGCUAAAAUAAUCAGCACUGGCAGGAAGUACUUCCAGGGCCUCAUGAACCGGUAUUAUUUUGGAAUCAGGGACCAUGGGUUGGAAAGCCUGCAGUCUACUCAGAAAGCCGAGGAAUGGGGCCGCAGCGGCAAAGACCCCAACCACUUCAGACCCGAGGGCCUUCCUGAGAAGUACUGAGCCCGCCACUCAGGUUGCACUCAGAGGGCUGGGCUGUGAGCCACAUACCUCUCUCCUUGAUGUCACUCAGGUUGGUGUCCACAAGAACCACCGAGAAGCUAGAGAUACCCCAAACAACGGCCCGGAAGCACGCAGGCCCCUCACACAACCCCACCAGAUCUGCUUUAGCCUUUAGCCACACCAACUUCUGCUAAGCAGGCCCGAGCCAGCAAAGUAUUGUCCACCAUGCCAGGCUUCUCUGCAAAGUGGAGUUUGAUUGGAGAUGAGCCCUGGGCACCCGUCCAUCAAUUUCCUCCUACCUCAUCAUCUUCUGGUCACAACCCGGUCUCUGUUUAUUGUACUGUCACUCCCAUGCUUUUCUGAGUACUGACGCAACUCUGCCUUAUCAGUCACGUCCUAUCCACUGUCUGACUGCAGGCCUUGUCCCCUGUGACCUCUUUUCAGAUAGGGAGCUCUAUGUUGAGGAUGCCUCAUCCUAACCUUAGGAACCCUAACUUAGAAACUGCACUGGGGACCAGGGAUAUAGCUCAGCUGGCAGGGUGCUUGCUUAGCAUACACAGAUCCCUAGGUGGAUUCCCAGAGCUGCAUCAGCCUGGUGAUGGUAAAUACUUAACUGCGGGGCACGUGUGUGCACACGCACGCACACGCACGCACGCAUACACACACACACACACACACACACACACACACACACACCAGUGCCUAUCUCAGCUCAAGUUCUAACUACUCUUGGCCCAUGUUACCUAAGAAGUGGCUAUCAUAUCACCAUUUCUUGGCUUUAUUCUAAAGGAAAGUCUUUUGAUCUAAACGAAAGUCUACUUCGUGCUCCAGAAGGGGAGCAAGACACAACAUCACUGAGCAGGAAUAAAUGUAUUAAUUUACUCACAAAGCAAACACAUUCUUUUAGGGGAGGUCAUCUGGUUUGUAGGACCAGAAGGUACUGAUGAAGAGGGAGAGUCCAGUCCAGAGGGAAUAACUGCCAUGCCAAAGCCAGGUCCCUAGGUGGAAGACCAACCCCAAAGGAGUAGAAACAUUGCUUCCUCAAAGAAACAGAAGUGGGGAGGAGGAAGGAGCCCAUGGGAUCGAGGAUGAGGAACUUGGGGAUUCAACCUGCUCUUGUCACGUGUUGCUACUUUUAGAGUUUGGCAUACUUUGCUAUCUUGGCCUACCUGCCUAUCUGUCUAUAGGGAAAAUAUACUAAAAAACAAUGCCAUAAA